ACGCGUGUGUGAAAGUCGCGAUUACACAUUAAUAAUAAGUGCGUUCAGUUUAAUUUACAAUUUAUAUGAAACAUAUGUUAAUAAUUUAGAAUCGAAACUAAAACCAUUUUCAUCAUGAUUAAUGUAUAUUUGGAUAAUAAACAAUUUUUUUCACUUUUUGAGGAAAUUUCAGUAUUUGAUAUCAAACAAAAAUUAUUUAAGAAAACGGGAUUGCAAGAAAGUAACACUUAUGCAUUAUACAAUGGUCGACGAGUUCAAGAUGAAUGCAUUAUAUCCAAUGGCAAUGUUAGGAUUAUGCUUAAAAUUCUUGGUGGAAAGGGUGGUUUUGGUUCUAUGUUGCGAGCUAUAGGAGCUCAAAUAGAAAAAACAACCAAUAGAGAAGCUUGCAGAGAUCUUAGUGGUCGCCGAUUGCGCGAUAUUAAUGAAGAAAAACGUCUAAAAUCUUGGAUAAAUAAUAAGCCAGAUCGUGAGCAAGAGGCUGCAGAGCGGAAAAAACAGAAAAUUGAAAGACUUUGUUCUAAGCCCAAACAUGAAUUUCAUGAUAAAACUUAUGAUGAGGAAAGGUCCAAAUUGACAGAAGUUGUUGCAGAUUCUGUCGAAAUUGGUUUCCAAAGUACAAGCGGACUAAAUUCAUAUAAAAGGAAAUCACAAACAUCGACAAAACAGACAGCCAAGAAAAAAAGUCGACUAUGGAUUGAUGCUGAUGAAGAUGAUUUAAGUUUAAGUGAUUCAUCAGAUGAUGAUAAUUCAAGCUCCCCUCAAAAUUCUGAUAAUGACACAAAUUUACAAGAAAAAUCUAGUUCAGAGGCUUCAAAUGAUGCAAAUAACAUACAUAUAUUACAAAAUCCUGAAGAAACGAUGAGUAAAGAACAAACAACAAUUAGUAUAUGUUAAUAUAAAGUAAUACUUUAAAUUUCAUAAAUUAAUAUAAACUGAAAUGUGAAUAAAAUAUUUACUGCACUUA